UGAAAACUCACACAUUAUGAACAUUCAGUAAAUAUUUAUGGUGAUGAAAACGUUAUAACGGACAGUAGUUAUAUUGUUGACCCAUUUAAAAUUAAAAUCUUAACACAUACACACUUUAUAUUUAAUGCAACAUCUCAAAAUUGGGUGUUAAUAUAUCAGCAAUUUUUUGAGAUUUGGGGAUCACAGUAUAAAAAAAUGUGAUGAAAUAUCGUGUAAUUUUUCUCUUCUUACUAAAGCAUCACUGACAGAAUGUAACAAUACUGAUAACUACUCCAGACUGACUAUCACAUAGAAUGACGGCAUCUUCACUUCAUCUAUAUACAUUUUUAACUACCGUUUUCGGCUUUAUUUCUUCAAUGAUGGUUUUGUUCUGUUAACAGGGCAGGCAUCCGAGGCGGCCCGGGCAUGGACUCCCAGCAGCAGCAGUACUGCCUGAAAUGGAACAGCUUCGGCUCCAACCUGGCCACCUCCUUCGCGAACCUCUGGAAUUCGGAGAGUCUCGCAGACGUCACAUUAUACUGUGAAGGUCGCCAGUUCAAAGCACAUAAGGUGAUCCUCGCUGCUUGCAGCAAGCAUUUCCAAGAGUUGUUCGACACGGCGCCGCCGAGUCAUGCAGGCGCCUGCUACGUCAUUCUGGAAGCUACAACGGCGGAUAACAUGCAGGCACUCCUCGAGUUCAUGUACAAAGGAGAGGUGCAUGUCAGUCAGGAUGCUCUCUCUAGCUUUCUGAAGAGCGGGGAAAACUUACAGGUAAAUAUUACCGCUCAACUAUUUAUUUUUACAUGCGAUAAACAUUGAAGUUAACGCUUUUGUAAUGUACUACUUUUUAGUUACAUGCAACAAUUUCCAAUCUUUCAGGUUAAGGGUCUAUCAAUGGAGAUGUCAAAAGAUGCUUGGGUGAAGCAACAGGCACAGCAGUCCGGCGACCGUCAUCAGACACGCAUAAAGACUAGCCCGGUGUCUGGUUCUGGGAAUUGCGAAGUUCAAGAGUCUGCCCCACCACAACCUCAUACGGCCACGUUCGCCCCGAUGCCUCAAUAUGGUUUACAUAUGCACGGCACCAGCGGCACCAUGGGUCGGUAUGCUCCACCAGCUCACGUACCGCUGCAUUCGACUUCUCAUCGUCGACCAGCGCCACCUAAGCCAUCUCCAUCACAGAGUCCCCACGCUAGGAAUUACAGGCAAAGUUCAUCGUCCUCGCACUGUGGCAGUGUAGCAGAUGAGCCUGAUACUCGAUCAUCUCCAGGCGCCAGCCAACGGUAUGAGGACAAUCCACCGGACUGCACAUCGACACUCGGAAACCCUAUUAAGAACAACGGCUAUGAAAGAAGUGCCUCCGUCAACGAUGAAAUGAUGGAACGUCUUUCCAAUGAUCAAGGUGCUGAAGAUUUACGGGUGAAAAAUGAAAGCGACUACCAUCAGGGUGGCUACAACAAUUCACCGCCGCCACCGACCACGAUACCGCCAGCCAACUACCACGACAAGCCGAACGCCACGUCACCUGUGCCACCGAAACCCAGUCCUGACGUUUGGCCUCCCAAGCCUAUGAUCACGAGCAAAUCUGGUGGCAUAGCUACCGCUGAUGGUAAAAAAUUAAAGUGUCCAUAUUGCGAGAGACUUUACGGCUACGAGACGAACUUGAGAGCUCACAUCAGGCAACGGCACCAGGGCAUCCGAGUGCCGUGUCCGCACUGUUCGCGCACAUUCACACGCAACAACACGGUGCGGCGCCACAUCGCCCGCGAGCACCGCCACCAGGUCACGCCCCACCUCCCCCAAGGUCCACUCCCCAACCACACUCAGUAAGAAGCCUACGAAAACACUUCUCGGUUUUAUUCUCAACCAAACUACCUCUGCUCUUUUUCGCCGGCGGGCGACCUCUCCCUCUAUUACGGCGGCGUUCCGUCGUCGAAUGUUCUUCGGCUAUUUGACGGUGGAACACAGUUCUGUUAGUCGGUUUCCGGAUUGUGUUAUUUAUUAACGGUCGCCCGACCGGUGUCUUUCUGUAACAUGCGUACAAUAAAUUACCUCGUCUUUGCAUAUUAUGUAAUCAUAAUCUACCUCAAAAAUUGAUCUUAAGAUUUUUUAAGGUUUUGGAAUUGUGCGAUAAUUGUUACUUAAUUUAAUGUUCAAGUGUGACUUCGAAUGGUUGCUCAGUUCUCGUUUCUAUCGGGUACCGUGUUUUAAAAAUAUUGUACCUAACGUUUGCACCCAUUAAGUUACACGUACCUUAAUUUUUUGCAAACUUUAGUAAUAUACGUAUGUCCAGUUGACUGUGAAAUAUAGUUACCUUUAUAGACGAUUUAUUUUGAGCUCUCGGUGGAGUAUGACAUAGCUUAAAUUAUAUUACCUGAGCUAGGGAAUCUUAGAAAGAUGUUGAGACUGACGGUCAUAGGCUAAGUGUAUGUAAAUAAUAGGAGAAUAUUGUAAAUCGCCUUGGCCUAGGUUGAGACACGCGUUAAAGUUACACUGUGGCAAAACUACCUCAAUUACAUUAUUAUUAUCUAUAUCGUUUUAAUUUUUAAUUCAUUUUCUAUACUGGUAACUACAAUAGUUUAUAAUACCAAUUUAAGUUGCAUAUUCGAACACAACUGUGAUACAAUAGGAGAACGGGCUUAUACUUAAUCGCUAUUAUGUUUUAAAUACCUAAUUUUAUAUAAUUUUGCCACAUUGUCGUUUUAAAAUCGAAAGGGGAUAAAGUGUGGGGAAACACCAUUGUACGGGUUUCUGCAGUUUUUUACUGUACAGUUGAUGAAUUUGAACGAUUUUAGUUUUGUACAAAGUACAAUUUGCCCUAGAUACAUAAGUAGUUAGGUAAAAAAAAAGUGUUAUUAAAAAUUUGCAUGUAAGAUUCGAUGCAUGAAUGGUGUUAACAAUCAAUUUCAUUUGUUCGUACCAGGCUCGCUCGCGGGUGUUAUGAUUGAGACCAAAUAUUAUAUGUUUCAUUGGGAUGGUGUCGAUUUUAACAUUCCGUUACGAUGUUUUGUUUCGUCUUAGUGCAUUUAGAUAAAGACCACUUGCUACUUUUAUAUUCCUAGUCAUUAAAGUGCAACCAGUUGAGAUUUUAAAGAGAAAUAAUAAUUUUUAUGCGGUCGGGGGCGGUGAGGUGCAAGUAUUAUAUGUUGGAGUCAGCGCCUGCCGCUGCUCCCGCGCUCUAGCAGUUGACGGUCUCAUUGACGGUCCGAGUUAUCAACAUCCAGAUGGGACAGUGCCAAAUAACCUCAAGUUUAAGUUCACAUCUUUUAUUUAUUUUAUUUUUUAUUUUCUUUAUUUUGUUAAGUGUGAAUGUAGCGACUGCGUGUUAUAUUCCUGAUAUUUAGGAAUAGGUUGCAUUCAUAUUUAUUAUUAUAUUUAUAUUUUAGGAUACACAUUAUUGAAUAUAUUUUAUGAUAAAUGCUUUAUGAAGGCUCAGUGACUUUUUUUAAUGCUAAUACAUUUUUGUUACUCGUACCAAUUAGAAGGCAGCGUUUUAGUUAUCUUUUAAUGGUUAAAGGCUUUUACUCGUUUUAUUAAUUGUGAUUAUGAAACGCAAUUCCUAUCCUGUCAAUAUACCGAAUAGAAGCUAUAUUGGAGUACCUAUAUCGACAAGAUUUCAUAUUAUAUUUAGUAUCGACUAAGCAUGCUAUUUUAAACUAUAAUAUUUUAUACAAUGAAUUGAUAUAUUUUUAAAUAUAAUCUCUAUCCACAGUAAAUUUUGUUAGGAGUAAAUCUGUAAUGCUUUUUGUUGAAUCUGGACGCAAAGGGUUACGCGAAGUUUUCCUUAAAAUUGGAAUAAAUAUGGGCUAUAUUGCUGUGUUUUUAAAAAAGUACGUGUAAUAUUUAUCAUUUGUUAACUUUCGUUUUCUUUAUACAUAUAUAAAAAUACAUUUCAGUUAUGUUUUUAUUAUUAAUAAGCUUCAAUUUGGCUGUUUUACCUGUAUUCAGUCGUCAACAAUCGACUCCGCAAAAUUACAUCAAAAACGUGAAACUAUUCAUUUUUAUUUGGGCUUUUUGGAUGAAAUUUAGUUUUAACACUAAUUAUUACCAAAAAUAUUUUAUUUAUAUGUACAGAUUUCACCGUUGUAACUUCAGGGUUCGAUAUUGUUUAUUUGAUUUCGAAAUGGGGGUGAUAUUCCAACUGUAAGCGCUGGAUUUUUGAUAUAAAGUUAAAGUGUGUUACCUCUGUGGUAAGGUCGCAUAAAACAACUAGGUGCCUUGUAGCUAGUUGGAAAGGAUUUGGAAAGGAUGUUAUAUUAAACCAUCAUUCACAUAAUACGACUGAGUCUGUAACAAUUAUUAUGGAAAAAAUGUUGUUUUUCAUUAUUAUUGGAAUUCUUUCGGUAAGUGUACUAUUGUUAAGACAAAAACGUUUUGCUAUUUCAAUUAAUUAAAAAUUAAAAACAAAUAUUGUUCUAUUUUUGGCCUUUUGUUUUUAUUAUUAUAUAUAUUUUCUUAUGAAUUAUAAAUUCAUAGUUGUGAUUUCUUUUCGACAUUUAAUGUUUUUUGUGAUACGUAAAAGAAAAUUGCAUUAAUGCAACAGGUUUUUAAAUCUUUUUUUUUAGUUUUUUUCAAUACGGUUAAGUUUAUCGAUGGGCAUAAUUUUAAAUAGCGAGAGUGGUAAAACCAUCACGGUAGCACAAGCGAUCAUGGAAUCAAGUGGAUAUGCUUUUGAGUUAAAUUAAAAAUAGGUACAAUGUCUCGAUUACAUUACACAAUGUCAAUUCUUAGUUGGUUUCUAAAGCUAAAUGUGACCCAGUGUACAAUAUUCCGCGAUUGAGAUGUCGCUAACAUGUCUUAAUUAAGUUUUAUUGUUAUUACUAAUUAGUAAACAUGUUAGCGUUUUUUGAUAUAGUUGUAAAUGCUCUGUCGAUAUGUGAUCAUUAUCGCAUUAAGUCGGUGUUUCGCAACCUCCGGUGACUUUGGCCGGUCUCCAUUUAUUUUUGCUGUAAUUCUGUAUUCGAAAACGGUGAUUGAUGAGCGAUGGUUGUGGACGUGGACGUCAGGUUUCCAAUAAUAUUUUGAUCCAACUUUACAUUACAUUUUCUUAGCUAACAUAAUAAUGUUGAUAAAACAAUAUAUAUAGCGGACGGCUAAUUUAUUAUUAUUUUUGAGAAUACACUGUAAUGUUGGAUGAAGUCAGAAUUUAUGAAAAGUUAAAUUUAAUUAUUUGUCUCCCCUUUAUUUUAAUUGUCGUUGGAUUUUGGUCCCGUGCGGGUGUGUUGUUGUUAAGCUGUUUUGUGUUAGAGUUAGUUUAUAAUUAUGUUUAUUUGUAUAUAUAAAUCGCGAUAUGUCGUGAUGGUAAAGCCAAAGAUUGUUACGGGUAUGGUGACCCUCUGCCGUCACACGGGCCGUGCAAAGAUUUUACGUUCAAUCUAUUUACAAAAUUAUUAAAUAAAUCGCUGGUCGAACAUUUGGGCGUUUUGUAUAUGACAUCGAUUGAACGUAAACUCGUGCGCAGCCUCUUAGUUUAGGCUUAUCUACCUCGAGGAUUAUAACUUAGCGAUAAAAUUGUAUGUAAGUUUUUUUUUGUAUGGAGAAAUAAAAUAACAAGUUCUAAGGGAAAUUGAGAAAAAAAAAAUAAAAGUACAAAAUAUACUCUACCUCAGGAUUCAAUUUUAGUCGCUCUUAAAAUUUUUAACUCAGUAGCACAGAUAUGAUUAUGAAAUGUUUUGAUAAUUAAAUACUUUGUAUAUUUAUUGUAAAUCACACACUUUUAGAAUGUUAUUAAAUACUGAUAUCUUUCAUAAUAAACUUUUAAAGAUUUUCAAUAUUUUAUUGGUAUAUUUCGAUUAAAGUAAACAUUAUUUUUGACGAAACUGUGUCUACUGUAAAUAAGUUCCGGUGACACUUUUCUAUAUUUAAAUAAAAAAGAACAAAUAAUACAUUUGAAUCUCUGUAAGGUAGACAAUGCUCUCAAUGUGGUAAUCGCUAAUUGGAAUACAUUUUGGUGAUUAGUUAUUUGCCAUAUCGAGAGCAGUCCCAGUUGACAACUUCUAAUUAAUAUUUAGUAAGUAAGUGUUAUUAGGUUAGACGUUAAUAAUCUCAUCAAUGUACCUCAUUUUGUAAGCAAAAUAAGUUUGGAGAUCGGCCACAAGUCUUACUCUUCGUAAUCUAGAUGUACCUUCACUCCACGGAGUAUAAAAAAAUCCAUUUUUAUUUGUAAUAUUACUUUCAUUACCUUAUCCCAGUUAUUUUUUGUGUUUCAUAGAUGUUACUAUGUUUUAAGGAGAUGA